UUUAUUUCUAACAGUUCUGGAUACUGGGAAGUCCAAGGUCAAGGUACCAGGAGACUGGGUAUCUGUGAGGGCCUUCUUCCUGGUUUCCAGACAGUUGUCGUCUUGCAUAGCCUCACAUGAUGGAAAGGGAGAGCUGUCUGGGUCCUUUUUGAUAAAGUACUAAUCCUAUUAGCAAGGGCUUUACCCUCAAUGACCUAAUUAUCUCUCAAAGAACCCACUUCCUAUACCAUCACACUGGGCGUCAGAAUUUCCAUAUAUAAAUUGUAAGGGGACACAAACAUUCAGUCCGUAACACAGUGAAAUCUGAUACUUUUGAGGUAAACCUGUGUCUAAAACACACCUUUGAAUGGAUUACUGCUCCCAUUAGCCUUUUACUCAUAACCAUCCUGAUGUUUUUGUGUGAUUAAAUUUGUAAAUUCUUUGGUGUACUCUUGAGCAGGCUCCCUUUCUUCUAUGACUCAGAGCCUGGAGAGUUCCAGCCAAGCUCAAAAGUCAGGAACAGGGGGUGUGGACUUUUGGGCUAUGCCAGUCAGCAGCUAGAAUGUGGUUGGCAGUCUCCUCCCCUUCCUGCACUUCAGCUCUACACAGUGUGCAUUCUGGAAUGACAGGCAUUCCUGGGUGAAGAGAGCCAGUGUGAAGAGAGUUUUGUAAGAACUGUAAGUGCCCAGGCUGUAUGGGAAACAGAAACUUCAGCAGAUGAACUGACCUUAUGCCAUUUCCUGAUGUUUGGCAGUGACACUGAAAGAGGAUCGCAUGUCCCCUCUUUAUGUGGAUUUAUCUUUUAUGAAAAGUUUGCUUUUGUCCAGGACAGUUUGUUGUCGUGAGAUACAUCAGACAAUAUAAUCAUGGGGCAAGCCGAUGUCUCCAGACCGGUAAAUCCAGAUGCAGUUGACUUCUCCAGAGAACCUUGGAACAAGGAAGCAGAUCAGCCCGCUACAGAGCCAGGCAUGGUCAUGGACAGUGUGGAAGCAGGAGACACAACACCUCCUACCAAAAGGAAGAGCAAGUUCUCAGGCUUUGGCAAGAUCUUCAAGCCCUGGAAAUGGAGGAAAAAAAAAAGUAGUGAUAAAUUUAAAGAGACUUCAGAAGUUUUAGAACGGAAAAUAUCUAUGCGAAAACCAAGAGAAGAGCUGGUUAAAAGAGGGGUUUUGUUGGAAGACCCUGAGCAAGGUGGUGAGGAUCCAGGAAAGCCAAGCCAUGCCAUGUUAAAGAAUGGCCAUACCACCCCUGUAGGGAAUGCUACAUCAUCUAGUCCAGUCCAAGUAGAGGAAGAGCCAGUAAGAUUAGCAAGUCUUAGGAAAGCUAUUCCAGAAGAGGACCUAAAGAAACGACUAGGCUCAACUGGAAGCCAGCCUAGUUCUGAAGCAGAGUCUGUUCCUGAGAAUGUACCCAAACAACCUUUACUUCCUCCCAAAAGACCCUUGUCCUCUUCUCAUGAAGCAAAUGAAGGUCAAGCAAAGGAUGCCACUUCCUCUGGCGGCAUGGCAAGGUUCAUCAUCUCCACCUCCAUCACCACAGCACCCGCUGCCACCACUGCUGCCACAAGCCUCGCAAAGACUGUUAAUCUGUCUGUCACUCCUUCCCCAGCACCCAGGAUUCUGCCUGCUACUCCUGCCAGCACUAACACUACUGCUACCUUAAGCCUCACUCAUAUGGUCCCUGCCAAGCAGCCCCCUAUCCCUCCCCCUAAACCAGCUCACAGAAAUAGCAACCCUGUCAUUGAAUCUUGUGCUGUCCAGCCUGGAAUGUGGUGGCGUGACCUUGGCUCACUGCAGCCUCUGCCUCCCAGGUUCAAGAGAUUCUCGUACCUCAACCUCUCCCGAGUAGCUGGGAUUACAGCUGAACUGUCCCAAGCAAUAAACAGUGGUACAUUGUUAUCAAAACCGUCCCCACCCUUACCACCUAAGAGAGGCAUUCCAUCGACCUCAGUACCCACCUUGGAGGCUGCUGCUGCCAUCACCACAAAAACACCAAGUGAUGAAAGAGAGAAGAGCACAUGUUCUAUGGGCUCAGAACUGCUAUCAAUGAUCUCACCUCGCUCUCCGUCCCCCCCACUGCCUGCUCAUAUACCUCCAGAGCCUCCACGCACCCCUCCAUUCUCUGCUAAGACUUUUAAAGUUGUGCCAGAAAUUGAGUUUCCACCAUCCAUAGAUCUACACCAGGAGAUUCCCCAGCAGGAAGAUCAGAAAAAGGAAGUCCCCAAGAGGAUAUUGGACCAGAACUUUGGGGAGCCCCAUAUACCCUCUAGGUUGCCUCCACUCCCACUGCAUAUUCGAAUCCAGCAGGCCCUCACCAGCCCACUUCCCAUGACUCCUCCUCUGGAGGGUUCUCACAGAGCUCACUCGUUGCUCUUUGAAACCAGUGACGGCUUUUCUGAGGACAGCAGUACGCUGGGUCGGACCAGGUCUCUUCCCAUCACUAUUGAAAUGCUGAAAGUUCCAGACGAUGAAGAAGAGGAGGAGCAAACCUGUCCAUCCACAUUCAGUGAAGACAUAACAUCUACCUCAGUCAUUUCUAAAUUACCACAGUGUGUACAGGAGGAAGAAGAGAAGGAGAGCGACUCUGAUUCAGAAGGUCCCAUUCAGUACCGAGAUGAAGAAGAUGAAGAUGAAAGCUAUCAGAGUGCUCUCGCCAACAAAGUGAAGAGGAAAGACACACUGGCAAUGAAGUUGAACCACAGACCCAGUGAACCAGAGUUGAACCUGAAUUCUUGGCCUUGUAAAAGCAAGGAGGAGUGGAAUGAAAUACGGCACCAGAUUGGAAACACACUGAUCCGGCGACUGAGUCAAAGACCAACACCAGAAGAACUAGAACAACGCAAUAUAUUGCAACCUAAAAAUGAAGCUGAUCGUCAGGCAGAAAAACGAGAAAUUAAACGUCGGCUCACUAGAAAGCUCAGUCAAAGGCCAACUGUGGCUGAACUCCUUGCCAGGAAGAUUCUGAGGUUUAAUGAAUAUGUAGAGGUAACAGAUGCUCAAGAUUAUGACCGGCGAGCCGACAAACCUUGGACCAAACUGACCCCUGCUGAUAAGGCUGCCAUAAGAAAAGAAUUAAAUGAAUUUAAAAGCUCCGAGAUGGAGGUUCAUGAAGAGAGCAAACAUUUUACACGAACAAGCUCUGAUGCAAACAAGGAAGAUGAUAUGGAAGGAUGAAGAGACUAGCAGCAAAGAAAACAGGAAGUGUCUGAAAUAAUCAUAGUGAGCAUAGUGGUAGCUCAGACCAGCGACAGUGAGAAUGCAAAGGUGAUAGAUUUGAAAGACAUUUCAAGCAUAGAAUCAACAAGAUGUGGCAAUCUGUUGUAUUCCAGAGAUGAAAUAAAGGAGUAGUCAGAAUGACUCUGAUAUUUCUAAGUUGUAUUUUUUGAGAGGUCUGUGAAGGUGAUAAGGAGUUUAGCUGAACAGUUUAGUUUAUUCAACAAAUACUGAGCACCUACCACAUGAUAGGUAUAGUGCUAGGUCCUUGGGAUACAGCAGGAAAUAAGAUAAAAUCUCUGUCCUCAAUGAGGCUUUAUUCUUUUUUUUUUUCUUUUAUUUUUUUAAU